GUACAAAAAUGAGUUUUUAUAAGAAGUAUAAAAGUGAACCACAUUUGGUGUCUUAAGGUUCUACCGAGAUUUGAACUCGGAUCGCUGGAUUCAAAGUCCAGAGUGCUAACCAUUACACCAUAGAACCGUGUUGUCAGGCUGCCACUAAACCAAAUAAAAGUGGGCGCGGAAGGCAUGGGCAUAUAAUACGAAAAAUUUCACCAACUAACUUUCAGAUACUGUCACGAUGUGAAAUUUGUUUCCAAAAAAUAUUUUAAAAUUAAAAACAAAUGAAAUUAUAUAACAUUCAUAAAAAGAUAACACAUUUUGUAAAUGCAGGUUCUACCGAGAUUUGAACUCGGAUCGCUGGAUUCAAAGUCCAGAGUGCUAACCAUUACACCAUAGAACCUUGUUGGCGGACAGCUGCUAAAACGCAAUUUUCAGCCAAAUGCGGUUUGUUCUGCAUUUCACCCCAGUGUUUCGGUUAAUUUCUAAUUUUAAAUGCCGAUAAAAAAAAUAUCCACAACACGAUUGCUGUUUAUAUCUGUUGUCAAGUAGGCCGGAAAUAUAAAGAAUUCAAAAUGGAAAAGCGGAAGACUUUGUUGGAGAAAUAUAAUAUGCCCUUGAGCCAUCUGGAUUUUAGUUAUGUGGAAACGUGUAAAAAUGCACGGGAAAUGGAGAAAAUUGUGCAAAUCCUACGAUCUGGGGAGGAGGGCUAUUUCCCGGACCUGCAGCGUUGUUCCGAGGAAAAACUGAAGGAGCUGAAGCCCAACAGUAAAUUGUUCCGCUACGAGGAGCCGAUACAAAACAGCGAUAUCCUUGAUAAACAGGAACUUAAACCCAUUCUGGAUUGGACACAUGACAUCAAGUCGAAGGACAAUGCCUUAAACGAACUAAAGAAUGACGUGGAAUGCUUGGGUUUGGAUUUGGCACCUAUGCGGAAACCGGCCAAAAUAGACGCGGAUUUAUCCAGCACUAAGCCAUCAAAGCCAGUAAAAGCUCCUCCAGAGCCCCCAAAGACUACGGAAAAGCGAAUCCGUUCAACAGACUACAACAAAUGGGACAAGUACGAUCCCGACGAGGAAAUACUGCGCAUGGAACUGGCGGAGGAGCGCACCAAAGAGCAGGAAGAGCAAAAAAAUCGACCAGACCCCACUCCGAUCUCUGAAGAAGUGUUGAAAAGUGAAAGGAAUGAACUACAGGAGCGCCUCCAGGAACAGCUAAAGAAACUAAGCCAGGUGGAACGAGAGCAAUUCGCUGAAAAACGUCGUUUACGUGGCAACGAAUACUUCAAGUCGAAGGAGUACGAAAGUGCCAUAGAAGAAUACAAUUGUGCCAUUAUCUACGAUCCCGAGAAUGCAGCUCGGGCCUACAACAAUCGCGCGGUGUCGCAUAUGAAAGUGAAGAACUAUCUAGCCGCUAUAUCGGACUGCAAGGCAUGUCUGGAAAUGGAGCCAGACAAUCUGAAGGCUCGUCUUCGCCUGGCUGAUGCCAGCUAUGCCCAAGGAUGUCGCCGCGAGUCCCUCCAUCUUUACCAGCGCGUUCUAGACCUGCAGCCGGAUAAUGCUGCUGCCUUAAAUGCCCUGGAACUGCUAAAGAAUCAGCUCGGAGAGCUUGCUCCGAGUCAUGCCACCCGUUUGAUGAUUGAGGAGUUAAAGCCAGAUGCACCGGCCAAACCUAAGGAUAAUUCCAAAAAAAUGACUGCUCCAGUGGCGAAGACAGUUCCAGUGGCGAAGACAGUUCCAGUGGCGAAGCCACCUCCUCUCAAGGAAUAUGAUCUGGCCGAGCUGGUGAAACCGAAUCGUGUGGUCAAAAGCAAACUGAUUACUGCAGCCGAAGCGUUGGGCAAUAAAUUCAACGCUCCCACUGCAUCCGCACCCAAGACGCAGACACAGCCACUCAUAAGCGAAGCCUCCUCCUCGUUGCCAGCAAUGCUACGUAUGCCCCAGACCAACACCAAAAGGAACAACAAGCUGCUUAUAGAGGAGAUAUAAUUGACACAUUUAUUUAGAUACAACUUUAUGAAAUAUUGAACUUUGGAACGUUGAUAGUAUAAGGCCAAGGCAUGUGUGGAAA